GCCUGGUCUAGCGCGCGAAAGCAGCGGCGAGUACUCGGCCUAUUCGGUCUUCAACAAGGGGCCUUGCGCCUCAGCAUUUGGGAUGGGUGGCCACUUUAAGGGCAGCGCCACCUUCUCGGCGAGCUUCGUGCAGAGCAGCUCGACGCAGAGCAACGCGGGGCGCCCGGACUUGCCUCCUUUUCUGCCCGUUGGUUGA